AGAGGAUUCGGACCCGUUGACGUUAUCCCUAGUAAGGCGUAGUUGUAAAUUAGAUUAAACAACCUCGGGCAGCAGCGAAACGCCGGCGACGACGUUCCAUUCUUACGCCGCCGGUAUCUCUGGAGAGAUGCUGACAGAUUGCUCCACGUCCGCUACCUUCACCACCGCCCCCCUCCGCCGCGUUCUCAUUUCCUUGCUCUUCCUCACCGCCGUGUCUCUGUCAUCUUUUAUUGUUUUCAGAGCCUCCGACUCGAUCGGUUUUCGUCUUCCCAACUUAUUUUACCCUUCGUCUAAGCUCCAUUACGUCUUCCCCUCUGUGGCUGAUGAUUCCCCACCGGACAGUGAGGAAUACAGGCUUGAAAGAGUUCUGAAGGAUGCUUCUAUGCCACACAGAACAGUUAUCCUAACAACUUUAAAUGAAGCCUGGGCUGGUCCAAGUUCGAUCAUUGAUCUUUUCCUUGAGAGCUUUAGAAUUGGAGAUCAUACCCGCAGACUUUUGAAUCAUUUAGUGAUUGUUUCUUUAGAUCGAAAGGCCUUUUCUCGUUGUCUGCUUGUACACACUCAUUGUUUUGCCCUUGUCACUGAAGGUGUCGAUUUCUCUCGGGAGGCUUAUUUUAUGACCCCUGAUUACUUGAAGAUGAUGUGGAGAAGGAUUGAUUUCCUACGGUCCGUUCUUGAGAUGGGAUAUAACUUUAUUUUCACGGAUGCUGAUAUCAUGUGGUUCAGAGACCCAUUCCCACACUUCAAUUUGGAUGAAGAUUUUCAGAUCGCAUGUGACCAUUUCUCUGGUAAUCCUCAUGAUUUGGAGAAUAAACCCAAUGGAGGCUUUAUGUCUGUAAGGUCCAAUAACCGGUCAAUAGAGUUUUACAAGUUCUGGUACUCCUCACGAGAAACAUAUCCAGGAUUACAUGAUCAGGACGUACUUAAUAAUAUCAAAUAUGAUUCUUUCCUCAUAGACAUUGGACUGAAGAUGAGAUUCUUGAAUACUGCUUACUUUGGUGGGUUUUGUGAACCUAGCAAAGAUUUGAAUUUGGUUUGUACGAUGCAUGCAAACUGUUGCUAUGGGCUGGACAGCAAGCUUCAUGAUCUUAAAAUCUUGCUUCAGGAUUGGAAAAGAUUUAUGUCUUUGCCACCCAGCUUGAAGAGAUCAUCAGUGCAAUCUUGGAGGGUUCCUCAGAACUGCAGUCUCGAGUCUCUCCGCAAUUAUGGUCCUCCAGGGAAGGAUGUUGAGCAACAUUAAGAAGAUAGAGUUGAUUAGUGUAUAUAAUGGUAGGUGCUUGUGCCUUGUAAACAAAAAUGUGAAUAUUCUGAUAGCACAUUGAUGCUGCAUUGUGGGCAACAUAUUUAUUAUAAUAUUUUAC